AUGAAUACGUACAAGAACAAAAUUAACGAUCAAAUAGCGUCGAAUAUGAAUUUUAUCAAACGUCCCUUUCAUCAUACGAAUUCGACAGCAUCAGCAACAACAUCUUCAACUACCAUACGAGAUCCACAUUCAGCACCAACGUCUACACCGUUAUCAGCUGAUAAAACCAGUGGAUCAUUGUCUGGUUCUGUACGUUUCAAUGAUUUAAUAUCUGCUCAACCGAAAUUUAACGACCGUGAGAAAUAUUUAACUGCCAAGUAUCCUCAACAGCAAAUGCAAUUGAUACGCAAACGAUUAAAAGUGGAGUUUUGGGUAGAUGAUCAAUUACGAUCAUUGUACGACAUAAAAGAUGAUAACUCAGAAGAUGAUCAUGAUCAUUGCCCCGGAGAUUUGAUUGAUUCAUUAUUAGAUAUGGAUGACGAAUCCGAGCGACGUUUAUUUCUUCUCGAUAAGUUAAGAAAUACCAAACAAUGUCGUUCUAAAACAAUGGAAUUCAUUGAUGAAUUACUAAAUCGUGUGAAAAUGUUGUAA